AAUUACAUUUUUUAAAAAAUUCUAAUUUCCCGCCGGCCGGUUAAGGCGCCCGUACGUCCCGACGUCACAGGGACCGGAACACAGAAGCCGGAUGCCGGCAUCGGCCGGAGGAGAUGGCCGGGGACGCUGCAGGGGAGACAUCGCGGGAGCGCAGGACAAGGUAAGUGCUGCAGGGACCCCCAGAGCAACGCCGCAUGGUAAGCCCGAGUGUAGCUCAGGGUUACCGCUCUUGCUACACUCGGGAAUACCGCUAAGGAGGUUCAGC